AUGGUCUCUUUCAUCGAUAUGGAAAGUAAAAGGAACCAAGGGAUUUUGAAUUGCUGUCUGAUGUUUCAUUGUUAUGUGAAUCCCACAGUGACCAUCCUCUGCAAUAAAUCAGUCAGAGAAAUUGUCCUGAAAAUGUUUGGAAUUGAGAAAAAGGAUAUCGAAAGUCAAAAUGUAACCCGAAUAUCAUCAAUUCUUCCCACAAUAACUGUCACAAAUGUUUUAUAA